AGACUGAUGUUUUCCGCUUCCAAUAUGCCCACACCUAACGGCGCUUCCGACUACUCGAAACCCAUAUCGGCUCUCCUCCUUCCUGGAUUUAUUGUGAUCAACAACAUAGUCCCGAAGAAUGUAAAUCAGUUGAUUGACCUCAUCGAGGCUUCACCUACAACCCUGUCCCCCCUCGCAGCGUCGACUCUCCCUGCCAUCCGCCCGCAUGAAGCAAUCAUACUGCUCUGUAGUCAGAGGUCGAGGGACGCACGUUGUGGACAGAGUGCACCUCUACUACGCAAAGAAUUCGAGCGUCACUUACGACCCCUUGGUCUCUAUCGUAAUAUGAAUGAUGAGCGACCUGGGGGCGUUGGUAUCUGCUUUAUCAGCCAUCUGGGCGGGCACAAAUACUCGGCCAACGUUAUGCACAUGAGCCGGCGGGGGGGGGAAGUUGGUGCGGCGCAGUGCAUCUGGUUGGCACGAGUCCGUCCGGAAGAUUGUGAAAAUUUGGUUCGGUAUACAGUUCUACAAGAAAAGGUGGUGAAACCAGAACAUCAGCUGAGGGGUGGUUUUGACCGUGUUAAGGGUGUCACCAGCUGGUGA